AAUACGGAUACGAAAGGCGUUAAGAAUAAGAUACUGUCAUAGAUUCGGGUGUAAGUCGCUUGUCGUCGUCGCCACCUUAGCUUCCUCUGCAGCAUAGCAAACCAAACAUGUGAUAAUUUCAUGCACACGGAGUCACGGACGAAGAACCAGAGCAACCUAGCUUCAGCCUAUCAAAGAACGCGUACAGACACAGAGAACAGAAGAAAAAUAAACGAAUACCUAAUGGCCACAGUUCCUGCUCUCUUAAACCCCUCCUUUUUGGCUCCAAAACCACCUAAUAGACACUCCAUUUGCUACACCAAACCCAUCUUCAUUUUCCCUACGUCUUCGGCUCAUUCGCCGCUUUCUUUGUCUCGGUUCCAACGAUGUUAUUUUAGCGUCAACAUGGCUAUUACUGCUUCUUUGAAGGAGAAUUUGGGUAAUUUGAGAAAGAGGGCGACUGAUUUUACGAGCAUGAACUACUGGGUUGUAAGAGACUACUAUCGUCUAGUGGAGUCAGUUAAUGCCAUUGAGCCGCAGAUUCAGAAGCUCUCUGAUGAGCAGUUGAGCGCUAAAACUGUGGAGUUCAGAAGAAGAUUAAGACAAGGAGAGACACUAGCGGAUAUUCAAGCUGAGGCCUUCACUGUUGUUCGUGAAGCUGCAAGAAGGAAACUUGGAAUGCGCCAUUUUGAUGUGCAGAUUAUUGGUGGUGCAGUGCUCCAUGAUGGAUCAAUUGCUGAGAUGAAAACAGGGGAGGGAAAAACAUUGGUUUCAACAUUGGCUGCAUAUCUUAAUGCACUGACCGGUGAGGGUGUCCAUGUGGUAACAGUGAAUGAUUACCUAGCUCAGCGUGAUGCUGAGUGGAUGGGCCGUGUUCAUCGCUGUUUAGGUCUUUCAGUUGGUCUUAUUCAGAAGGGCAUGACAGCUAAAGAGAGGAGAUCCAAUUACCGAUGUGAUAUAACAUACACCAAUAAUUCAGAACUUGGUUUUGAUUAUUUACGAGAUAAUCUUGCUGGAAACAGUGAACAACUUGUGAUGAGAUGGCCAAAGCCAUUUCAUUUUGCAAUAGUUGAUGAAGUUGAUUCAGUUCUCAUUGACGAAGGGAGAAAUCCAUUGUUGAUAAGUGGUGAGGCUAAUAAAGAUGCUGCAAGAUAUCCAGUGGCUGCAAAAGUAGCUGAACUACUUGUUCGAGGCCUUCAUUACAAUGUAGAGUUGAAAGAUAAUUCAGUGGAGUUGACUGAGGAAGGAAUAGCACUUGCUGAAAUGGCCCUUGAAACAAAUGAUCUGUGGGAUGAGAAUGAUCCCUGGGCAAGAUUUGUUGUGAAUGCUUUGAAAGCUAAAGAGUUCUAUCGGCGAGAUGUUCAAUACAUAGUUAGAAAUGGAAAGGCUCUCAUUAUAAAUGAGUUGACAGGAAGAGUUGAAGAGAAAAGAAGAUGGUCUGAGGGAAUUCAUCAGGCUGUAGAGGCUAAAGAAGGUCUGCAGAUUCAGGCUGAUUCGGUUGUUGUGGCGCAAAUCACAUACCAAUCGUUGUUUAAGCUCUAUCCAAAGUUGUCUGGAAUGACAGGGACUGCAAAAACUGAAGAAAAGGAGUUUCUGAAAAUGUUCCAAAUGCCAGUUAUCGAAGUGCCCACAAAUUUACCAAAUAUCCGUAAAGAUUUACCCAUACAAGCUUUUGCGACUGCUCGGGGGAAAUGGGAGUAUGUCCGACAAGAAAUUGAAUACAUGUUUAGACAGGGCCGUCCUGUUUUAGUUGGAACCACCAGUGUUGAGAAUUCGAAUAUUCACGAUCUGCUUAAGCGGGGAAAUCCUCACAAUGUCCCGAAUGCACGACCAAGGUAUGUCGCAAGGGAAGCUGAAAUUAUUGCCCAAGCAGGGCGAAAAUAUGCCAUUACUAUUUCUACGAAUAUGGCUGGCAGAGGAACUGAUAUAAUUCUGGGAGGAAACCCAAAAAUGCUCGCCAAAGAAAUUGUAGAUGACAGCUUGCUUUCUUUUUUAACGCGAGAAGCUCCUGAUGUUGAAGUUGAUGGCCAAAAAAACUUUCAAAAGGUAAUGUCAAAGAUAAAGGUUGGGUCAACAUCAUUAGCUCUGCUAGCAAAGACUGCACUAAUGGCUAAAUAUGUUGGUAAAAGUGAGGGUAAAAGCUGGACUUUUCAGGAUGCAAAAUCAAUGAUUUCAGAGUCUGUGGAAAUGAGCCAGUCAAUGAAUCUUAAAGAGCUGGAGAAACUUGCUAAUGAGGAGUCUGAAAUGUACCCUCUUGGCCCAACUAUUGCACUCACUUAUCUAUCAGUUUUGAAGGAUUGUGAAGUGCAUUGUUUGCAUGAAGGGUCUGAAGUCAAAAGGCUUGGGGGGCUCCACGUCAUUGGCACAUCUUUACAUGAGUCUCGGAGAAUAGAUAACCAGCUCCGUGGAAGAGCAGGAAGGCAGGGGGAUCCUGGAUCUACACGAUUUAUGGUGAGUUUACAGGAUGAAAUGUUUCAAAAGUUCAAUUUUGAUACUGAGUGGGCAGUGAAACUUAUCUCAAGGAUUACUAAUGAUGAGGAUAUACCAAUUGAAGGUGAUGCGAUUGUAAAACAGCUUUUAGCACUGCAAAUAAAUGCGGAGAAGUUCUUCUUUGGCAUAAGAAAAAGCCUGGUUGAGUUUGAUGAAGUAUUAGAGGUACAAAGGAAACAUGUGUAUGACCUUAGGCAAUUGAUUUUAACAGGUGACAAUGAAAGUUGUUCCCAACACAUAUCACAGUACAUGCAAGCAGUAGUAGAUGAAAUCGUCUUUGGCAAUGCUGAUCCCCUUAAGCAUCCAAGGAGCUGGAGCUUGGACAAACUCUUGAGGGAGUUCAUCAUUAUUGGGGGAAAGCUGUUGGAUGGCUCAUUUGCAGGAGUCACUGAGGAGGCCUUGCUGAAGUCUCUUCUACAACUGCAUGAAUCAAGCUCUGUAGAUAUUAAUAAUUUUUACCUUCCAAACUUGCCAAAGCCUCCCAAUGUUUUUCGAGGAAUCCGUAGGAAAUGUCAUUCACUAAAGCGUUGGCUUGUUAUAUGCUCUGAUGAAUUGACUAAGAAUGGUGGAUACCGGACAACUACUAAUCUUCUUCGCAAGUACCUUGGAGAUCUCCUAAUUGCUUCGUAUUGGAAUGUUGUACAGGAAUCCGGUUAUGAUGAUGCAUACGUCAAGGAAAUUGAGAGGGCAGUUCUUCUGAAGACUCUAGACUGUUUCUGGAGGGAUCAUCUCAUAAAUAUGAACAGGCUCAGUUCAGCGGUAAAUGUUAGAAGUUUUGGGCACAGGAAUCCUCUUGAAGAAUACAAAAUUGAUGGGUGUCGAUUUUUUAUUUCAAUGUUGAGUGCAACACGAAGACUAACAGUUGAAACCCUCUUACAGUAUUGGUCAUCCCCUACAGAGUCCCAUGAACUUUUUGUAUCAUAAAUGCAUUUUGGUCAACAUGUGGAAGGUUUGUAUCAUUCUUCUUCUGUAGAUGUCUACUCCUGUUGAGAUCUAAAUGACUUAGAAUCUUGUUAAUUCUAUGCUUUUGUGGAGUUUCUGUGAUGAUGGAGGACUAGGAAUCAGAAUUAGAAUAGGGUACUCAAUACAUAAAUAUGACACAAAUAUUAUUUUCUAAAUUCGAAUUCGUUGUAAAUUUAAUUAUAUAUUAUCAAAACUCGUUAGUUCUUCUA